CAAACAUGGCGGUUUGUUGAGGCGCACAUGUCUUCCGUUUUCGAUAUCUAAAUACACAUUUAAAAGUGCACUCAGUCUAUUUGAGGAUUAUUACCGCGGCAACACCAUGGCUUCGCCAACGCCAUCUCAGAGUGCGAGCGACACUAUGACGUCCACGUCGAAUUCAUCCGACAACGAGAUGGAGCACAUCCAAAUCAGCGCCAUGAACGUCCGCUGCAGCCUUUGCAAUGACACUUAUACCAUUCCAAAAGUGCUCUACUGUUUCCAUACCUUUUGCCAGCCUUGCCUGGAAAAAAUCCAAGAUACGCCUGACCGAAUCCAGUGCCCUGAGUGCCAUCAGGAUACUACUCUUCCCGCUCAGGGCGUACAGGGCCUUCUUCCUGAUUUCGCGAUAAGUAAUAUCCUUGAAGCAUCAGCCGGAGAUAAUACUUCCCUUAAUUGCACUGGUUGCAAAAGCAAGGAGACGAAUGCGGUCGCUCGGUGUUUUGACUGUGCUAACUUCCUCUGCCCCAACUGUGUCAUGGCACAUCAGUUCAUGCAUUGUUUCGAGGGCCAUCGCGUGAUCAUGUUCAGUGAUUUGCAGAAUGGUAAAGAACAAAUCAAGCUCGAGAAACCAUUAAACUGCUCCAAACAUCGCAGUGAGAUGCUGAAUUUCUUCUGCAAAACUUGCAAUAUUCCGAUCUGCAAGGAUUGCACGUUAUCUGAUCAUUCCCGUGGGCAUGAGUUUGGCUACAUCAGCGAGGUCGGCCCGAAACAUGUCGAACUCUUACAGCACGUUGUUGAUGAUGCAAAAAUCAAAGCAAAUGAACUCCGUAGCACUGCUAAGAGCAUGGAACACUCCGCAAACCGCCUGCAGAUUCUGUACAACAAAGCCCAGAAUGAGGUCAAUGAGACCUACAACUUCUAUCGUACGAUGCUGGAAGAGAGACGACAGGAAACAAUCAAGGAGCUCGAUGGUGCGUUUAAUUCCAAACAGGUGCUACUCAAUUCCAUGGCGGACAAGAUACAGGAUGCCAUCGAUCGUCUCUACCAGGGUUGUGAGUUUGUUGAGAAAUUAUUGAAGCAUUCCGGUAACACUGAGAUCCUCAUGUUCAAGAAGAUGAUUGACACCAAGGUCAACAACAUCAUGAGCUACACGCCAGAUAUCAACAAUCUUGAGACGUCGUUCGACCUCGAGUUCGUGUCCAACUUCCAAGCCAUUCAGGUUGGAGUACGCAAUACGUUCGGCUACAUCCGUCAGAGCUUCGAAACCAAUCAGAAACCUCAACCUAUUGCACGUCCAAACGGCAUCGUUACCAAGACGAUCAACAACGCCUCGCCUCCGUGUGUGAGUCCAACUAUCAGCAUGUUUGGCGAUUUCACCUCGACGUUGAACAAGCGGUUCCCGAGCAACAACACACUCGUUGGAUUUGGCACAGGUCUGGAUCCUAAUGUCAAUCCUUAUGAGAAGUGGUCCAGCGGUUCUAGCCAUGAUCUGAUCAACAACGGGGAUAUCUUCCAGACAAACCCUGAUUCCAUAAUGGACUUGACAAACAAGCUGAUCACAGCCAAUAUCUACCCACCUAAGUCUCAGAUCAAGCGCCAGAAGAUGAUCUACCAUUGCAAGUUCGGAGAGUUUGGUGUCAUGGACGGUCAGUUCACUGAACCAAGUGGUGUGGCUGUCAAUGCUCAGAAUGACAUCAUCGUUGCCGACACCAACAACCACCGCAUCCAAAUCUUCGACAAGGAGGGCAGAUUCAAGUUCCAGUUUGGCGAAUGUGGAAAACGUGACAGCCAGCUCCUGUACCCAAAUCGUGUGGCAGUGGUGAAGACCUCGGGCGACAUCAUCGUGACUGAGAGGAGUCCCACACACCAGGUCCAGAUCUACAACCAGUAUGGCCAGUUUGUACGCAAAUUUGGUGCGAAUGUCCUGCAGCAUCCGAGAGGUGUAACCGUCGACAACAAGGGUAGGAUUAUCAUUGUGGAAUGUAAGGUAAUGCGUGUUAUCAUUUUUGACCAGAUGGGUAAUGUGUUGCAGAAGUUUGGUUGCUCCAAGCACUUGGAGUUUCCGAACGGUGUCGUGGUCAACGACAAGGAAGAGAUCUUCAUCAGUGACAACCGUGCUCACUGUGUGAAGGUGUUUAGCUACCAGGGUGUCUUCCUGCGUCAGAUUGGUGGCGAGGGCAUCACGAAUUACCCGAUCGGCGUUGGAAUCAACGGAGCCGGUGAGAUCCUGAUCGCUGACAACCACAACAACUUCAACUUGACGAUCUUCACCCAGGACGGCCAGCUCGUGACGGCAUUGGAAAGCAAGGUGAAGCACGCGCAGUGUUUUGACGUUGCGCUCAUGGACGACGGCAGUAUUGUUCUCGCGAGCAAAGACUAUAGACUGUAUAUCUACAGGUACAUUCAGAUUCCUGCCCUGGGUUUGUAAGUCUGAAUUUGGCGUCAAUAACGCACACCAGGCUCAAUUCACAAGGGGUGCGUAUCGUGGAUUUUGACCAGAGUGUCCCCUAGUGUUCGUGUUGCUUACUAUUUACAAGAUAUUUACUGAUGUUUUCCAUUUGAAAGAGGGUACUGUCCACAUUGCUGCGAGUUGUUUGCUGUGUCGUGGAGUGUGGAUGCUGCGUGUUUGUUGUUGGUCGUCACUCAUUUUGGGUGGAGUUAUAGAAUUAUUUGAUCAUGAAACCUGCACUACUAGAGUUUUAUAUACAUAUGUUGCUAUCUCAUAAGGAGUCAAUUUGCCAAUUUUGAACGUCGCUUGAUUUGAGUCAUGAUCAUGAAAUCCAAACGGAGCAUUCCUUUCUGUCUUAAAAAUAAACAAUCGUGAAAUUCAUUUGGAAGGCUGGAGAGGCAGACUGAUUUGGUGACAUUUCCUCAAAAGCUGUGACCGACUCUUGAUGAAUUCAUAACACCAACAUUUAGAAUGAACCAACCAUGCUAUAAUAUCAAGGGUGCAUCAUUUUACUUUAAAGAAGUGUCAGCUUUAGAUUAUCACCUUGUAUGAAUUGUAAAAAUAGACCCAUGUCACAUUUCCAGUCGCAAAAUGUAAUAUCAUUACCUGGAAAUUGGCCAAGUUCAGUUCGUCACCAGUCAGAUCUGCUGAUCUUCCUAACACUGCAUCGAUCAUGUGUUAUGCCUGCACUGUUUUUGUAAUUCUUGUUAUGAUUUUGAAAGGGUUUAUUUUCACGUUCGAUUUUUAGGGAAAGUGCAAAGGUUAAGAUCACUCAAUGGGAAAUGUUUUUAGAAAGUUGUGCUUUAAAAGGUGUAACUGCUAUAUUCGUGGUCAUUCUAAAGUAGUGAGGGAAGAGUAAUUUUAAAAAAUCCGAUAUUUGCUGGAUCUGCAGUCUCAGAAAGAUGGUAAUCGAGGGCCCCUAUUUCAGACUAAGUAUUAAGUACUGGUGAAAACAAUCCAAAGCUCUUCAACUAAUUGGACAAGGCCAGUCUUUCGGUGUAGCAUUUCUAAUAAGUCUCGCAACAGAUUAUAUAAAGCAGUUGCACACUUAAGAAGUUAGUGUUCUUUGCCACUUCAAAAUGACCACUGAUAACGAAAACCGUUGGUGCUGCAGCAUUAGUACAAAUUGACACUGGACCAUGCCCUAGGAAGCUAAAAAAUCUGCAGGGCAGAUCAGUUUGUUAGUGUAAAACUUUUUUAGCACACUUUUAAAAACUGGCUGCACCAGAAUCUCACUUGGACUGCCCUGUCCCAAUCCAUGAGAUUCGUAGAAGAGAACGUUCGAAAAACUGAAAGGAAAUUUCGCUUUUUCAAUUUCUCAAAAAAACUUCCAAAACUUCAGACUGCUUGAUUGUUCGCAAGUCCUGUACUGGAAAUGCUUUGUCAACAGAAAAUUAUGUACUUGAAUGAUAGUUUAGCUUUAGAGUAGACGUCAUGGUCCUAGAACUUGUACAAAUGUAUUUGAAUCAAUGGCCCCAUCGAAAGGAUAGAUCUCUUAUGUUUUUCAUUAUAAUUAUGCAUUGUUCUUAAGUGUUGUCAGUCAAUGAAUCAGUUAACACGAUCGGUAUGGCAUUUAUUCUCGGUAGGUCGUUGUAGGAACCACCAGGUGGCGUUAGUAGUUGUUGAAAAAUUUUCUCUACUUUGACAAAAAGUUUUAUAUACAAAGAGUAUUUGAUGUUGUGAUGGUAGCGUCUUUGUGAUUGGCAAGUUGUGUUGUUGUUCAAUGUUGCUUUGAUAUCUCAUAAUUAUAUUAUUAUUAUUAAUUUAGAUAGUUUAAUUAUGCAUGCCAAACAUUACCUACUUAGUUGUUAGUCAGAUAAGUUUUGCAUUCCACGUACGGUUCGCAUUUUUAUACAUCGGUUUGUACGAUAAUAAUCACGUUGAAGCUAAAAUCAGAUGUUCCUGUAUAUUUUCAUGUCUAACGACAAAGUUCAUAUCCCAAUUCCACGAUGUGCUCAGCAAAUUACAUUGUACCUUGUUAUAUACUCUUACUAUUAUGCAUUUGCAACGUUACGGCAAACCAUCAAUUUUUAUAUAACCUUUGAAUUUGAGAGAAAAAAUGAACAAAAAAAUACCCAGUAAUCCCAUCCUUCUGCAGAUGUCUGCUUUAAAAAUGUUUUCGCUUCUGAGAUGUUAGGCAGUGAGGAUGUGUGCUGUUGAAAACCCACCAAUCAUCUUUUUACUGUUAUGAAAGAUUGGACAAUCUUGAAAGAUAUUUGGGUCGUUAGUGCCCUCUUUUUCAUCACUUAGGCAACUCGGGGGAAGAAUCAAGCUUGAACUGAUAUGGGCUGUUGGUUGCCACAGUUGUGCACCUAUAGGAACUAUGAGGACAGCUCAUGCUGCAACUGAGUAUUGCCGCGCUGGCAACAAACAAAAAACACAACUCUUUGCCCUUGACAAGAAAAACUACCCAAGGUACUGUGACACAAACUCGUUGUUUGAACUUUAAUGUUAGGUGACUUAGUUCUAAGAGAACAUAGAGGGCAGCACACUUUCUCAUCUACCGCAUGUUCGCGCUGUUGUAAACUUUUGGGAGUGCUCAUAUGUUAUGAAGAGGUUGAUUGUCUUUUAGCCAUUAGUCACGCAAUAUAUAUCCAGUCACAAUAUGAGAUGUACACCUAAUAAUUGAAUAAUGAUCGAUUGUUUUACGUUAAUGCUUCAUUUAGCUUUGUUGACCAUAUUGCAAUUUGUGUGUAUUUUUUGUAAAUUGCAGUUCAAAUAAUCAUCACCAUAGAUAUUGUAGCUACCUCGAUGUCUCGAAUAGUAACGGCUGAUUUUGUAUGCAGAUCAGCGCAGGAAUCACCGACGGGAGACCAGAAAAACACAACUUAGAAGUUGUUAUCAUUGCAUGUAUUGUCUAGCAUGUAACUAUGUGCACUUUGCCUUGCUAAAAUAACCUUCCAUUGCGUAGAAGUGCAUUUGGUUUAUGACAAUACGAAUGAAAUAUUGAUGAUUUGUUUUGACCAAAUGCAGUCUUAGGGCGUAUAACGCCAGCAGUUACGACAUACUUCCUUAUAGUGGUACACAUAAAUUUUAGCACAAGUUCUUGUGUAAUGCCUGGUACUCCAUGGGGCUUACGCAAAACACUUCCAUACAUGUAUACGUUACCCAGGUUAGAUCAUACUCAAGCAAUCAAUAAUGUAUAUCUAAUUAUUAUUGCCAACUAUAAUAUCUAAAGUAUAGGCUACUUCAAGCGUACGUUUGGAGGGGGGCUAUGUGUUGACAUGGCAUGAUUUUAAACCAACACAGGCGCACGUUCUGUAGCUAUAGCACCAUCACUGGCAUCAGUCUUUGAACAUUUCAUCAACUUAAAAUGAACGGGACCAAAUCAGUCAUGGGACCAAAUCAUAUAUCAUUGUCAUCUCUGUCUUAACUUGAAUCAUUGUUGUCGUCCAAAUACUGGUAGACCACAUGGUGCCUUGUGCAUGUGUAAAGUUAUAUAUUUUUGGUAAAUGUUGUAAAAGAAAGGCAUAGCGUACCUAUAGAGAUACACAUCAAAUGAAUGUUUUCACAUUUACUGCUGCUAAUCUCUUUUUCGUUACUGUCCUUAUCAACUGUCGGUGUAAAGUUGACCUCUUUCACCCAGAUUGUCCGUAAUCACAGUCACUGACUGUACAAAGUUUGUUUCUUGGUUUGAAAAAGAAAUCCCCUUCCUGGAAUGUCCUGUAUUCGAAUUCAUCAGUAUUUUUGACCCCUUGCUCUGCAAAUGAAGGUCCUGUGCUAGGUGCACUUCUUUAUAAGUCUCAUGCACGACCCAUUUGUAGAAAGGAACUGAGUCCUCCAACAUUUCUACCCGGAACCCUUUUUUGAAACUUGGAAGAAAAAAAUGCUUCCGGUGACAAAGCCCUGUCAUCUUCUUUCAUUCCAUAAUGGCUGGAAGUUUGCUUUGAAUUUUAAAAAAGUCAGUAUUUCAUCCUUACGUUGCACUGCUUCCCUAAUACUUGGAUUGGUGAAUGAUUUGUCUCAAUCCUUUUCGCUUUCCUACUCCUCAAUCAUCUGUGACGACUUCCACUCGCGUGACUAACUACUGUCUCUACCAAGACGUCUAGUGUGAACAGUAUUAUUAGUCUUUGAAACAGGAUCAUCUGUCUGUGACCGUGAAGAAUGCUGAAGCGGCAACUCCAAAUAAAAAUGCUUGCAUCCCCUCUUCACAUCAUCCCCUUGUAGGUCUUUGUAUUGUUUCUAAAAUUAUGUACACUCAAUUUUAAAAAUCUUUAUCGAAAAUAGAUAGCUACAACUUUGCUACCCAAGCACAUCUGUAGUAUUGCCAAUUGCGCAAUACCUCUACAUUUAUUAAGAAGACAGCACAAUUUCUCCAACAGUAUGGCAAGUAAUAAUACAUUGUACCUCACGUUGGCACAGGAAAAAAAUAUCCUAAUUCACGCUUUUGCUUCCAAAACUUGGUUCUCCCGUCGUGAUUCUUGCAGCAUUAAACCUUGUUAAAAAUAAUAAUAUAAUAUAUUCCUGCAUACGAUAACAUACUGUUGCCUUUAAUAUUCCAAAAACUGGUUUAGUUUAUGUAAAAGUAUUUAUUACUGUAAUUGUAGUUCCGCAUCAUUGUAUGUUCCCUAUUCAUUUGUUUUAAUUAAAUGUUCAUUGUCGAUUACAUUACUUACAUUGUACCUUGGAACAUAUGACUAACUUGUAUCAUAAAUAUUGUAAUUGUUUUAUUCGAGAGCUUUGCUCACUCAAAACAUUGUGAAAUAAAUAUGCAAUGAAAAAAAAAUAGAUCCAAGAAAGAGGAGAUAUUUUUCAGACUGCUUGGAUCAGGGGAUUGGGGGUGGGGCUUUAUUGUAUGAAAAUACUAAUGGUUAUCAUGCUUUGUUUAUGGGGCAGUUUUGUACAGCACGUGUUUCAGAAUUUUUUCUCCGUUAUUACUUUAAGCCUGCUCAGCUCUGCUCAGAGACAACUUUUUCUACAAAUUGUUUGAGUAAUUUCUGUGUGUUAAAUAUCGUCUGCUCGUCUGGGGCUGCAUGCUGACUCCCAGCCGGCACAUACUCUAUGAAGUUUGGAAAUAUUGAAAUCAUGUAAACACAAAAAAAAUGCAUUCAGAAGUUUUUUUUACACAGGACUACUGGAGUUGUGGCUUAAAGAUUUGAAGAUUUAUUUUCAACAAAUGCUGAUUUUUAUAUGUUUUCUAUAUUAAAAACUGGAGACAUUUUUCUACAAACGUUGAUGUGAAUGCAGACAGAGUGCGUUUCAUAUUGUUUGUGUAUUUUUCCUGUGUUUGCUGAGUGUACUACGGCCCUUCGGUCAUUGCUAUUUAGAUAAGUCAUUGUCAAGAAUUGUAGUUUUGAAAAAAUUAUUGCAAAGAUGUGUACAUUGUUUCUGCUGCCUUGCGCUAGCCAAGUUUUAACUCUUUUCCGGACAGAGGAUGAAAAAUGGACACAAUGCAUCACCUUGAUGCUAUCCUUGUUUUCCAAAAAGGUCAUCUAUUUGAAGCAUGCUCUGUCCCAUGAGGAAUUAGAACCUAGAGAAAAACUAGUCGUAGAGAAAAGUCAAGUAUUACUCAAAUAAUAUCAUAUUGGCAAUAUUAGUUGAACCAUUUAUUCUCUGGAUAUCAUGGAAAGUAUACUAGAUUUGAAAUCGAAUGUAACACAAAUUUCAACCUGGGGUCAAGGUCAAGUGAAUGCUGUUUGAGCUAUUAGCUUAAAGGUCAAGGUCAGGUGAUACCUCUUGACCUUAACCUUAGUAGCUCAAGUGGUGCCUUGACAUAACUUUUUGCUAACGAAUGCUCGAGAUGCUUGAGACCGACCUAGGUUUGCAGAAGCAGCAAGCCUGUGAAGUCAUCUCACCUGUCUUCCUCCGACAAAAACUGAUAGGAGAUUAUUACUUUAAAAAACGAACACUAUAUACUUAGACUUAUCAGCUCUUUAAUGACUAUAAAUGUAUCAAAAUGUGUAAAAGAAGUGUCGUGGUGUGCAUGUAUACUACUAUAUACAUUUUAUCAGAAUGCCUUAGGAAGGAUGAAACUGCAUAUAUAUUUGUGUUAGGUAUUUUUUGACAUGACAUCUGGUAUUACGCAUGUUAAAUCGUUGAAUAUUUUUGCCAUGGUUUAUGCAAGGACUGACCCAAUCUCCUGGUAAUUUUUUUACUAUGUAGAACUAAGAGUCUGCCAUUCAAAAAUUGACUAGACUAUAGCAGUUUGCCAAGUUUGUUGUUUAAAUAUAAGGACGCGUGAGCAAUAGUUAUUCAUGUUAUAAUCUUGAUAUGCUGACUAUGUUUGUAUCGGUGUGUAUGUUUGCAAUCACGUGAUCGUGUCUGUAACGUGUUUGUGUGACGACACCCUAAACGUCUGAAUUUCUCGAGUCACAAAUUUUAAUAAUCUGGCAAUGAAAUGACAUGAAAGAUGUCUGUGCCGUCGUUUUAAACUUGCAAAUUGCAAACAUGCAACUAUGAUGAAAGUAAACGCAUGGAUGCUUGGAAUGUCACUGUUGAUAUUUCAGAGAGCUAUGAAAUUACAGCAUCGCAAAUGCGGGUGUUUCAUGUAACUAAGCCUGAUGCUUGUCAAAGUCAGACUCCAAGAUGAUGCUUCCUUUCUCCGUUAACAUCUACCACACCUGCUCCCCCGUUGAAAAGCUAUCAUCACCAAUUUAUUGUGACUGCAAUAUCAAGAGCAGCUUGCAGGGCAGAAAGCAAGUUUGGAGAGGUAUUUUUUGCUCACAAGUGACCCAGAUUAUGAGAAACCUUCUGACAUUGAAUCGAAAUAAGGUGACUCAGCAGACAGGCGGGGUACUUUACUGGGCAUUUCACCUUGUGCAAAUGUUUGACGCUCUAAUUAUUUGCAAAUCCACAUAUUUACUCAGAAUAUUUUUACUCUAGAAAGUUGAUCAGUUAAAGACCCAUAGUCUCUUUACUGCGAAUGAUAACGUCAUAAAUAACGUCAUGUACCGGUACUGAAAAUGUAAUCAAGUUUCCAUGCAGCCUAUAAAUGUCUGGCUGGAAAGAAAGUAAGAUGACCUAAAUCCAGGUUUGGGGUGUUUUUGUUGUAAUGUUGCUGGUUGUACUAUACCAUUAGGCAUCGCUUUGCUGUCCUUGUGCUUUUGUCAAAGUGCUUCGAUUCCCUUACUCGGAAAUGUUGUGGGUGGCUUGGCUGUGAAGUAGCGAAAGAUUUCGAUGAAAUUUUGUGGCAGACGGUGAAUUGAAUCCUCUGCAGCCUCAUUGAUUUACCCCCUGUAGCCUAGUCAGUAAUUAUAGCUUGUGGUAAUUAACUCCUGUCGAAACAAUGCUUUGACGGAUCCCAAGAGAUCCAAAUCUGUCUGGCCAGAUGGCCGUCAUUGUCAGCCAGUCUGAAGUGGGCUUACCCUCCGCGUGCACUUUUCAAGACAAACGGCCACGCCCGAGAAAUUGUGCAUAGCAGACCUAGACAUAAGUUUGUGACUUAAAAAGUAAUUUGACAGAUGAAGUAAAGUUGCCUAGUGGAAUAAUGCAACCAAUGUUAAAAAUUCGAGGUCCGUGAGAGUACCUUCACGAAAAGUUGGUUUUCAUUGUCGAAAGAUUGGAUUUAGUUCAUUUGAAAGAACUCUUUGAAAGAGUCAUGUAUAGUAUGUGAACUCACAAUGACCGUGAGCCAGAAUUAUCUUGCAGUUUCUUCACCAAAAGUGUUGCGCUUGCGCAUUUCAGGGCUAGAAAUAUUUGUGAACUUCUUUUCGAUUUCAAACAUUGGCCAGUUGCACUCUUUAGUUGUUUAUUAUUCACAUACUAACCACAAUUAUUAUUUUGUGCACAAAAAAUGACUUGACAGGUAAUUUUGUUCCUAAUCUAACCGGAUCAAAAUCAGAUACGAGUGUGGAUUUUGUCCAAAAUGACGACUUGGGCACUAAUCAAAGUUUUCAGAUCUUGAUGGUUGUGUGAAGCAAAUGCGCAUUGCCAGUACCAUGUUAGUGGUCAAGGGGGUUUUCUAUCAGUUAUUCAGUGGAAUGAUUGAAGAUCGAGUUGAUUGAUUGAGGAGAUUACCUGUAUUUGGUACUGCACGUUUCUCAUGCAGUCAAUGAGGGGAGAAAAAUUCACUGAAAUUUUCGCACGAAAGACCCACAGUUUUGAAAGGGUUUCAAUGUAUAUGUUCACAUGUAUAUCUUCUGCACUCAAUGUUUGCAUUUUCUGUUAAAAUUGAUGGAUAAUUGCUUAAUUUAUCUGUUUAGCUGGCCCUCUUAGUUGUUAGUAUUGUUCGUUCGGAGUACCUUAUUAAUUUAAGCUUCAGCAUGUAAUAUUUUUCUUAAUUGUGUAUAUCACUGUUGAGUUUUUUAUUCAUAUCAAAAAAGUUAAAACUGUAAUGUUAUGUUAAAACAAGUAAAAAUACAUGGUGUGUUGUUGUUAUUAUUCAAUGUAGAGAGAGAAAGAGCUUUGCCUUUAUUGUGCGUGAAAAUGAAUUACAGAAAUUUUUCAUAAUUUUUGCCAUUUCGGGCAAUUACUUCACAGUUAUCAGGUCACGAUUUCUUCAUGGAUGUAUUAAAUUACGUACGGCCAUGUCUUUAAAAUUAACACUUUCUUUGGCAGAGUAGUAUUUGUGGUGUUUUGUAGGAGCUUUGGCUAUCGUAUAGUAUCCCAUUAGCUUCAUUUUAUCGAGUUUAAUCAGCUCAGGCUUCGACUUGAAGCAUGAAGCAGGGCUGAUUUUGCAGUUGAUAUCUAUUGGUCACAAAUUGUAACUUCUGGGUUUUAUAUUUAAUCAGGAGAUCAUGGGAGCCUUUGUCACAUGACAGGCCAAUGUGACACUUCUAACUUAUAGGCAGAGUGAAGUAUGAUGAUAAUAGGUCAAAAUACUUGGAAUGAUUUCUGCAUUUUGAAGGAGGCGAACAUGGGUUGUUCUAUGUAUAAGGCCUAUGGCGGUAUGUGCGGGUAAAUUAGGCCGCCACAAACUACAAAAUGAGUCUCAGGCUUGAUUGCCAUAGUCUGUCUGGAAUCCUUUGUCUGAUAUAUGUUGCAAACUGUCAUUGUAUGAUCAUGUUAGCUUCGGGGUGAAUGCCGCCUAUAGCAAAUCUAUCUGCUUUUCCAACUAAUACACUUGAAAAACAGUAUUUAUUCAGUUGUGGGGCUAUACAAUGGGUUAUUAUCAUUAUUCAUAACCAAUGUUUCACCACUCGUUUGAAAGAAAAUGUUAGCAAAUACUCGUGAAAACACAAUUAUAUUUUUAAUACGCUAAAUUCGAAAUUAACCACAAAAAAUCGCGUGGCAGGAUUUUUUUAAAAGCUCAUGAUAACAUGAUAUGUUUGAAAAUGAGAUAGGAUUUUUUUCUCCAUCAGUUUGAUGAGAGAGUGUAAAGCACCACAUGAGUCCAUGAGCAGCAAUCGUCAUUUCCUUCAGUCUAUUUUAGCCUACCAGCAUAGCGGUCCUUUUACUGCAUCGCUAAUCGCCCCACCAGUCUUAAUAUCCAGGCUUUGGGUGGAAAGGAUGGUGUCAUCUGAUUCAGACACUCAUGAUUUGCUUAGAAAUGUCACAAAAGGGCUGGUCACACGCAUGAUUAUUGUCCAAAAUGGGUUCCAUGAUUAUUGUCCAAAAUGGGUUACAUGAUUAUUGUCCAAAAUGGGUUACAUGAGUUGUGUAAGUGGUGCACCCAUUGCGUACACUGAUUUUUAGGGUGCAGAAGACUUGGGCUCUUCGUCCAAGAAAAUGUCAACGAUUUGUGAAGUUCAACUGAAGACUUCCUGGAUGAAAUUGAGCACAUUAUCGCAUUUGGUGUACAAGUUGUAGGUGCAUAUUAAGUCAGUUGUGUCGUCAGUGAUGCGUGCAGCAUUUGUCAUUUGUGCAUCUAUUAUGUGUAAUGCUUCGUUGCACAAAAAUGAUGCCCAUAUCAAGCACCUAUGAUGCACAAUCAACUUAGACUAGAGUUGGAACAUACUAUCAAGGCCUACAUGUCACGAGCCUCCACAGAUGUGCGAGCAACUACAAAACCAUCGAACUCUACUUUGCCAUUUCACUUUUUCUGAGGGGUGAUGCCUUACUCACUAGUUUAUGAUAUUAACUAUUAUUACUAUUAUUAUAUUAUCUAGUCUACUAUUAAAAAUGUUUUAGUGUUUUAGUGUUGGCAUAAUUAGUGUGUGAGUGUAUGUAGAAUCUCUGUUAUAUGUCUGUUUGUAAUCCAUCAUACUAAUGUGUUCAAUCCAAGUUACUCUUUGUCAAACUCGGGGUGCGUUCCAAAAACUGAUUUCAGCCUUCGAGCUCUCUCCAGCUAGAGGUGACACCACCUUUAUACCAUCCUGACAAUAUCAGGCCAUUUCACUCGACACAUACUUACUCCCUCUGCAUUAGGAGAAGUCGUGUUGUAGGCCCUGUUUGCAAGAGGAUGCCUAAAUACAGGCUUGUAAUCAUAUCAUUGUCUUGUCUUGCCUGUCAAGUAUAGCCAUUAGGUAACACUUGUUAUUUUAGCUGGGAAAAAGUUUGUCUCCAUUGAAUCCCAAACCAACCUGUACUGAACAGAUAGGUGGAAGCUGACAACCACUAACUAAUUAACCUUUAAGAAACUGGAAAACUGUAUUGAAAAUUUAAGAUCGAAAAACUAUGGUCACAAGUUCUCAAAUUCCUACCUUACCACAGGGUUGAAAUUUUCUUGUCUGCUAGGUUUGUUAACCUCUAUGCCCAAGAGAGCUCUGAUUUAAAAUCGCUUUUCAAUGUGCAGGGUCUGCGUCGGCCAUUUUAUAAAAGUUUUGUAUGUUUUCUGUUUCGUGCAUCAAACCAUGACAGUUACACCAUUGUGUGCCUUGGGGGUCAUCUUUUGAAUGACGCCAUGAAGAAGCAAUUGUACCCAACUGCGGCAUCAUUCUUCAGGAGCAAAUAUAAUGAAGUCUCAUCACAUCCUGCUGGUGAAUCUGAAAUAAAACUUUCCAGAAUUGACGUCAUGAAGCACUUUUUUGAUCGAAUGACUGUUUUGUGGCAUAUAACAUUGUGAUCUUUAGAUCGAGUCGAUUUGGCUUGGUUUAAUAUUUUGGGGACUUGGAAAAUCUGGUUUUAUGAUCAAAAGAAUGAUGUCGGAGAGUGUAAUUGCAGGUUUUUGUUUUAGGAUAAUUGUCUGUUGCAAUUUAUCACUGAGGUUGUGGAAUUUGGAACGAGCCCUGGUUGUUGAUGAAAUUUUUAUUACAUUUUAUUUGAAAUCAUUUACCUUAUUGUCGUUUUUUGUUUGACCUGCUUCUUCGAUGUUGAUUUUUAUAGAGGAAACGCACAGUUUAAGCCGUUCAAAUGAAACAUACCUUCGCGCCAGUGCUGGUCAAAACUUUUUGAUGCUGGGCGAUUGUUUUCUUGUGAUUGGGAAUAGCUGUCAAAAAUUAACUCCGACUAUGUUAACCUUUACAGGGUGUUGCAAAAAACACUUCAUAUGGAGGGAAACCCCAUAGAACUGUUUCGAUUGUUUUAAAUCUCAUUGGCAAUUAUGUAUUGGUAAGAAAAAAGAAUUGGUGUGGCGUCACCACCAUUGUGUCAAGGCCUGAUGACCAUACUUCCUGGUUAGUAUGGCCCUCUAUGAAAGCAGGUUAGAACUGAUACUUAGACCAGAAUGAAAAUUGGAUAUUUAAGUUCAUUUUUGGUAGCUAUCCCAUUGAAGGAAUGAGGAAGUUUCAUGCACUAUGUGUUUGGUAUGGGUAUGUUUAGUGGUUUUUGGUCCUCUGUCUUUUAUGUUAAGUAGAAUACGUACGUACGUCUCGUGUCUAGUAUGGACUGGUUCGUAAAGCUGAAAGCGCACAAAAGUGUAAAGGAGAUUACUUUUUUUGUAAAUUUUGUGUGUGGAUAAAGGUUGUGAGUGUAAACCAUGAAAGGACUGGGUGAAGGGGACAGUGGCAUUCCUGUACAAUUUCAUAAGUAUGUAAUUGAGGGAGAACUUCACGAGAUAUUUCAGCGUAUAUUUCAUUCCAAAAUGACAAGUAGCUACUUGAGAAUUGUUUGACUCCCUCUGUCUGUGUCCUCAGUCCUUUGGGUUUUGUGUAAAGAAAAAGGGAGGUGAAUUUGUAAAGUGGCUUGGUUUGCUCUGGAGUGGAGAUGAACAAGUUUGAACUAGUACAGGGUAUGUUGCACAAGUGUCACUAUGUUCUACCUAAGGAGUUUGCAACAGUUUAUCUUUUUUAAAGAAAGUUUUUUGAUGAUUUUUGAAACCAGUGAUGUCGUCUCCAGCAGCCAGCCACCGAUUUGCUUUCGAAUAUUUGAACAAAGAUGUUUUAUUGUUUGAAGUAAAGUUUUUAGACUGCAAGUUUAUGGUUUGCUAAGAAAUGGACAUGUUGGUUAUGAAGAAAGUGUGUUUAGAACUUGUG